AUGAGCGCGGCCCCCGCUGCCGCCGGCCCGCGGGGCGCCUGGCGAGCUGCUAGCGCCCUGGGCCCGGGAGAGGCGCUGCUGGCGGGGCUGCCGGCGCUGGCGCAGGCCGUGUCGCUGCUGUCCAACGCGCUGGUGCUGCUCUGCUGCGCCUAUAGCGCUGAGCUGCGGCGCGCCCCGGGCGUCUUCCUGGUGAACCUGUCGCUGGGCCACCUGCUGCUGGCGGCGCUCGAGAUGCCGUUCACGCUACUCAGCGUGCUGCGCAGGCGGCCGCUGUCGGGGCCAGGCGCAUGCCAGGUCGUUGGUUUCCUGGACACCUUCCUGGCGUCCAACGCGGUGCGGAGCGUGGCGGCACUGGGCGCGAACCAGUGGCUGGCGGUGGGUUUCCCGCUGCUCCACGCCCGGCGUCUGCGACUGCGCGACGCCCGCCUGCUGCUGGCCUACGCGUGGAGACAGUCGUUGGACUUCGCGUUUGCUGCGUUCGUCUGCUCGAGGCUCGACUACAGCGGCGCCUUGGCGUCCUACUCGCUGCGCCUGCUCCUCGCCGCCUUCCCCGCCGCGCUCCACGCCGCGGGCUUCUCGCUGCCGCUCGCCGCGCUCAGCCUCCCCUCCGUCGAGGUGCUGCGGGUGGCGUGCGGCCACUGCCGGCGCAUAGGCAUCACCAUGCAAGCGCCGGAGCAGAUGGUAGACUUGCACCCCAGCGGGUGGCAGCCCUGCCUCCCUGAGCAGAAGCGGUGCCGCCAGCGGGCUGCCAGGAAGAUCAGCCUCUUCAUUGGGUCCUCCGUCAUCUGCUUUGCCCCACGUGUUGUGACCCGCUGGGUCCUGCUCGUGCCCUCUGUCACCAUCAAUGCUCCCUGGGGCGUCCUGAGCAAGUGCCUGAGCUACAGUGAGGUGGCGGCCAACCCCUUUCUGUACUCUGUGCUCCGCCAGCAGUGUCCCCAGGUCCGGGCCGGCAUAGCCAACCGGCUGCCGAGGAGACACCCACACCCAGCAUCUGCCCACAGAGCUCACAGACACGGAGAAUGA